ACGACUUUGACUUUUCUUAAUCAGGUAUCCUCCCUCUCAAAUUCCUACAUAUUAUUUAUGAGAACAAACACAAUUUGCAAUUGAUGCAUAUUCAGAAUCGGAGCUUUAUUGCAUUUCUUAUUGAAUUAAAAUCUUGGCGCAGAAGGGAAAAAAAAAAAAAAAAAAAAGGAAAGAAAGAAAGGAAAUGAGGCCUGGUGAGGAUGACACAGUGACCAAGCUAUAUGAAGCUUCAAUGGAAGGAUGUGUAUCCACUUUGAAUUCAUUGAUCCAAAAAGAUCCAUUAAUCCUCAGUAAGAUUUCACUUACCCCAUUUGAUGAAACCCCUUUACACAUAUCAUCUUUGCUUGGCCACCUUAAUUUCACCAAACAACUUGUUGCUCACAAAUCCAAAGGCUCUAGACUUGCUGCCGGGUUGGAUUCCCACAAACGCACACCACUUCACCUGGCCUCCGCUGAGGGCCACAAAGAGAUAGUCAAAGUGUUAUUGCAAGCUAAUAAAGAUAUGUGCUUGGCUAAAGAUGAAGAAGAAAAGAUCCCUCUUCAUUAUGCAGCUAUGAGAGGCCGUAUUGCAGUAAUUCAACUGCUAAUCAGCGCAAACCGUAAAUCGAUUUCGAAGAAGCUCGCAGAUGGUGGAACAAUUCUUCACUUGUGUGUUCAACAUAACCAAUUGGAGGCUAUGAAGGUGUUUGUGGAAUCAUUGGGUUAUAACAACAAAGAGUUUCUCAACAUGAAGGACUAUCAUGGUGGAAAUACUAUUUUGCAUUUAGCAGUGAUGCUGAAGCAAAUUGAGACCAUAAAAUACUUGCUGUCAAUUCCAGUAAUAAAAGCAGCAGAAGCAGAGACGUUGAAUCAGAAAGGGUUUACAGCUUUUGACACUGCAGAGAACUCUGAAAGAGACUUCACAAGCCUGAAAAUCCAACGCCUUUUCAUGGAUUCUGGCAUCAUCGGAACACAAAGAAACCAAUCAAUAUCCAAUUAUCAAAACAACCAUCAUCAUCAAUCAAGAUCUUCACCAGGAGGAGGAGGAGGAGUGUUCGUAAUUGAGAAGAAAGCGAGUAAAUGGAUAAAAAGCGAUGAUUGGUUGAAAGAGUCACGAGGGACAAUGAUGGUGGUUGCAACUGUCAUCUCCACUAUGACAUUCCAAACCGCCAUAACCCCACCAGGUGGAAUCUGGGACCAAAAUGUAGACACUAAAACUGAUCCCUUCGAUUGCAGCCCACAAGAUAUAUGUCAAGCAGGCACUGCAAUCUUAGCCCGUGGGUCGAAGAUCAGUUAUAAGUUGUUCAUGGUUGCCAAUAUUGUAUGUUUCAUUGCAUCUCUCAGCGUGAUUCUUUUGCUGAUUAGCGGACUUCCAUUGAAGAACAGGAUUUCUAUGUGGGUUUUUAGAAUUGCCAUGUUUGUCACUCUUACUUUCUUGGCGUUCACUUUCGUUCUAGCUUGGUUUUUGGUAACACCCACUGAAAUUCUUAAGGACUCGGUAUUCCCCAAGGAGGAAAUUAGGGACUGGUUCUUGCAUCUUAUGGAUCAGAAAAGAAAUUCGCUGCAGAACAUUUUUGUUUAUUUGUUUGUUGCAUGGAUUGGGCUGCUAUGCAUCGUUGGGUUUCUCCAUACUCUACGCUUUUUCAUUUGGGUGGUGAAGAGGUUGCUGCGAUUGUGCAUCAAACGUCCUCGUAAUCCUAAUCCUGAAAGGAUACUGUUGCUCUAGUUCAUUUUAGGGAUAUACAAAUUAUAACAAAUCCAAUAAAACCGAACCAAUUCUACA